AGGUUCUUCUUAAGGCUGCCACAGUAAUGUAAUUAACAAUGUAUUAAAUUAGCGUGGGACAGAAAGAGACGAAACGGAGCUCCGCCUUGCACGAGGGUAGUGCAAAUAAAAGAGGUGUUCACGCAGAAAGCCAGCAAACCCCACUGCCGACUGGCGAGUUCGGACAUCGUAAUUCCUGGCUUAGGAAUCCAGCUCAGACUUCUUUGCCGGUACCCAAGACAGAACGAGAGGAUUUUCUGUAGAUGAAAAUGCAUUUAUACAACGUCAAGCCCUUUCACAAGGCUGUUUUUGUGUUUCAUUUGUUAACAACAUUGGCAGUUGCAGAUUCAUCAAAAGAUGGCAAAACAGAAGGAAAGCAUCAAGCUGAAAAGAACUUGAAAACUUUGGGCGGUUUCGAGAUGUUCUCCAUGCUUGAUUUUCCUCGCAGCAGCCUUGGCAAAUAUUCUUCAGAUCCAGUGCAAGGAAAAAUAUACACCUCUGAAGAACUGACCCAUACAAAUGGAAUUUUGACUGAUCAUGACGUCAUCGAGGAUGUUACUCCAGAAAGUAAUAGGAAAUCCAUCACGUUGUCGGCACCAGUCUACAAGCCCGUCAUAAAUGACGAUUUGAAGAAACCCAAUGCAAAUAGUAAAAAGAAAGGAGGCCAGUUGCAACACUUGCCGCAGAGCAGCACAGACGCAUUUGCCAAGACAAAGAACAACAAAUUCUUGCUGACAUUAGGAAGAAAACUUAACAAUGGCAAGAAAGGAGGAUUAUAUGAAAGUCGCUUCUACUCGGGUUCAAGCGAGAGAAAUCCAAAGAAUUCACUGCGUCUGAAUUAUAUCACUGAUGCACAGGACAACUCUUACAAAGGUAUAAAAACUGCUUCGAGAGGAGACGACCGUGCUUCAAAGCCUAAAAACAAAUCAAAAGUCGAUCUUCUAUACCAAAUUCAAAAAUCAGUUGCAUUAGAAAGGCAACCAGUUUUAGACAGGCACCCGACCCGUAGCAUGGUACCUAGAGACAAAAUUUUGAGAUCACCUCCAGCCAGAAGGUACAAUUUACGGGAUUUAUUGGCAAAACGAGCCAAAUCGAUAUCCAAAAAAAGAGUGAACCCAGGUCGACCAGUUAGAAAUCCAAGCUUUCCAAGUGAAAGAGACUUUUUUUUCUUUAAAGAUGCGUUUGAAUAUGGAGCGAAAUUCCUAGCAAAAAAGUUUAUUAGCAACGAAGAGCCAGAUACAAUUGCCUUAAACGAAGAUGUAAGAACAGCAGCCCCAGAAACGAAACCUACUUUAUGGAAGAACGACUUUGAAAAAAUAAAAAAUGAAGUGAAAGACAACUUUGCCAAACAAUUCCGUCUAGCAGGGAGCAAAACGAAAUCAUCUACAGACUUAGGCCCUACAAGUAUUCCGGUUCCUACACCAUCGACCUCACAUCAAAAACCAAGUACAAGUCAAAACGACCAAAAGCUGAACCUCAUUCACGAAAAUGGAAAACCACUGCUCGUCCUAAAUAUGACAACAAAUGCACCGAAAACUUCUAAUAAAUCCCCUAAAACUGCAUCAGGUAAAAAAUUGCUUAAAGUAUAUUCAGAAUCAACACAAGAAACAAGUACGUCUUUGUUGAAAAGUAAGGUCAAGACCAUUGUUGUGCCUCUAGUCACAACAGUUUCUGGGAAGACGACGCAAACAAAAACAACAUCUCCUAUUCAACAAGUAAGAAAAAUUCUAAAUAUGAAUAAACUUCAAACAAAAAGAAUUAUUACAACAAAGUUGUCUACGGGAUUGAAUAUAAUACCCGCGAAAAAAACAUCACAAGUCAUUACCCAAACAACGCAAAAGCCAAUUGUAGCCACUACUUUGGAGCGAAGAACAACCUUAAAAAAAUCUUCGCCAUCAAAAUAUUUUAAAGACAGAUUAUCAAACCAAGCAAAGAACAAUCAAGUGAAAACAACAAAAGUAAUCGUUGACUCAAAAUUAUCAAACAGACUUAUCAUCAAAUCGCAGAAGAAGAAAAGUCGUAAUCGUGUAACCCGAGUUUACAAACCUGAGCCAAGAGUGUACAAGAUCCCCGAAAGCAGAAUGCCAUCGCAUUAUUACCGUAAGCCAUGCCCAAGUAAGGUUGACGCAAUGUUCAAAGGCCAAGGCGGUAAAAUCUAUGCAAUCGAUGGAGACCUAGUGUAUGUCCUGGAUAGGUAUGGCAUAGAAAGGGGACCACUUCCAAUCAAUUUCGUAUGGCCUUACGUUGAAGCGCCCAUCCAGGACGGACAUUUCAGAACGCAAGAUGGGAAGACGAUCCUGUUUUUCAAAAACAAGUAUGCUGUCUAUAUGAACGACCGCGAUCUGAUCACACCCCCGAAUGACAUCCAGGCGCUGGGUUUGCCCAGUGCCUUUGGACAGGUUGAUGCAGUUGCUUCUUGGACUGGUAACGGACGUACCUACUUCUUCAAGGGAAAUCAAUAUUGGAAGUACAAUGACUACUACCAGAAGCUGGAAACUGGCUACCCUAGAAGCAUCCAGCGUUACUGGCACGGGGUUCCUGACGAUGUUGAUACGGCUUUUAUCGCACCAAACUCGUACCUUUAUUUUAUCAAAGAUGGACUCAUAUACAAAAUGAAUUAUUACGGAGCCUCAGUACAGUAUCAAUAUCCAAAGAAGCUAUCUGAAAGUUGCUAUGACUUUUUUAUAUAAGACUAAAGCUAAAUGCAAUAUAAUCCACUUAAUGCCGUGGAAGAACAAAUAAAAAAACCCUGCUAAAAACUGCUGGUAUCUAUGCGCUUUACGAAGACAAAAACUUUAUUGAUGAUGACAAAGUCAGCAUUGUAAUAUAAAUCCAAGAGGGCAUUCAUUGCUAGUUAUGAAUAGCUUGAGUACCUGUAAAACCAAGGGGGUGCACUCGAAUUAUACAAACGACAGAGGCUUGGCCCAGAGAUCUUGUAUUGAUGUACAAUGGCAACUUAACCAAAAGAUAACUACUCACUGGCUACUAAACCAAAUUAGUGAGUAAUCACUAUCAUGAAGCUCAAACAAUAAAUUUAUUCUGCCACUAAAAACCAUCAGCAGGCUUCUCUCCCUAAUGAUAUUCUGAACAAGAUAUAGGAAGGUAAAGGUUUCCAAGCCCUGUCGAAUUUUUAUCGGUACACCCCAAGAAAGCAAAUCUGUAUUUAUACUCAUAAUCUGUAUAUAAUUUUAUGCCUUUUAAGCAUUUAUGACAUUCAAUUGAUCUCAAGGGUAGUUUCCGCAUUAGAUUGCAGAUUUCCAAACUAUCUAUUCUUUAAUUUAUCAUACGCCUUUUUUAAACUGUUCCAGAUUUGCUAUUGUAUAUUUAUCAACAGUUAAUGAUAUUGCAUUUAAGAAAUGGUGCUUCUCGGGAGCACUUCCCAGCAGGCUUGUCAGAAGAGGGAGAGCAGACCUUCUGUAGCACCCAUGAUAAAAUAAACCUUUAUUAUCAUUAUACCAAAUUGUUAUCACAGACAUAAAAUUCUCACAUGCUGCCCGACCAAAGACCUACCUGUUUCAUUAUUUCUUCAAGCUCCCUUUUUGACGCUCCUGCUACCCCUUGUUUAGAAUUGUGAUUGUGAAACGCACAUGUCUUUAGUCGUCCUAUUUUCUUUGACUUAUUUGUACUUACUUUGCAUUGUUUAAACAUUUGCUUGAGUAUCAAAGAAGAUCGACAAAAUGGCUUUUCUUUUAAUAACACUGCUAUCUGUAAGCUGUUGAUUAUCAAACUCCCUUCUGUUAGAAUUGGGAAAACAGCGCCAGGAAGAGAAAAAAUGAUACUGGCAAGGGUAGAGUACUAGGGAGAGAACAAAGAGGUUCACCCCAAAUUAUCGGAAAAAGCUGUAGAAGAAAUAGUUACUUACUUUUGGUAUUUGCAAUGGACACAGAUGUUGAGAAGAUUUCCUAAAAUCGCGUCGAGUGUUAUGCGUGUAAAGUUCAAUAUCAACCCUCUUUCUCCCCUCCCCACCCCCACCCCCCCUCUGAGUAAAAUUAAAGGCGGAGGGAGGUAGGGGUGAAAAAGUUUCAACGUAGUCAUUUCAACGUUUCCUACAAGAAUUAGAAAUGUUUAUGGUAUAUUAAAACGUAGAAAUAACGUUUUAAAUUCGUAGAAAUAACGUUUUCGAUUAAAAAAGAAAAA